UUUUGCCAUAGGCAUGGAUUGUUAUGUGAUUAUUAUAAUUUUUUUUGUAGGCCAGAUUCUGUCUCAGGAGAAAAUCUGCAAUCCCGGUCAAUAUCAGAUACAAUCUCUUUAAACUUUUUCCCCCUUGGACACAAAUAUUAGCUUAAUGUUGCAUUAAGGCAAUAUUGUCUAGAUAUUGAACCAGUAUAGUACUAUAAAGCAGCUGUGAUCUCUGCAAGCAAUCAGAAAAUGGGCACUGUGUGUCAGUGGCUUGCUGCAGCAAAGGCUUUAUGUGGGGUGACCGGAACCGGCUGAAACUGGUUUGAGGCAGACUGAGGCUCAUGAACAAUGCAGUCACUGUGCUACAGUAAGAUAGCUAGCUGCUUCAUGGCAGCCAAAAUAGCAGAGGAGCCUGCAGAAACGUACCAUCCCAAACAAUAUGGUUGCACACUAGAUACACCACUCAGGGUAUGUUACUUUCUGCAGUCAGAAAACAUUGUUUGCCUUCAGUGGAGGGGGGAAGCGCCCUGAAGUCUGGCUCAGAUGGUCAUUGUCUGUCUUCUGGUGGUGCAAUGGAUGACAGAGGAUCACACCAUGUCUGUGGAUGUAACAUGACCCCUUUUUGGGCCUGGUCUGGUUUGGGAAGUGGAAUUUUUUUUGGAAGGGGGGGUGCUGUUGUGACUGUGCUGUUGCAGGAAGGAAGGUGGCUUUGCUAGAGUGUUCCGGAGCUCUGAGGGUUUAUACAAUAUCAUACUAAGACCAUGGGUGAUAUGAAGACUCCUGACUUCGAUGACCUGCUUGCAGCCUUUGACAUUCCUGAUAUGGUCGAUCCCAAAGUGGCAAUUGAAUCUGGCCACGACGACCAUGAGGGGCAGCUCAAGCACAGUGUUCCCCCUGAGGAGGAAUCCCAUGUACCCUCAGCUCCUGAUGUUGGGGUCAGUGUGAUCGUGAAGAACAUCCGCAACAUCGAUACCAGUGACCAUGGGCUUGCUGAAAAGGAGAUUCACUCCUCUAUGGGGAACGGGCUACACAAUGGGUUCCUUUCGUUGUCACCCAGUGACCGGUUUGGCAAAGACAGUGGGAAGACCCUGAAAGAUGAAGGCCAUGGACUCACCCUUAGUAACUCCUCAUUCAACCAGUUCAGCCCCAUCUCCAGUGCAGAGGAGUUUGACGACGAUGACAAAAUCGAAGUUGAUGAUCCUUCAGACAAGCAGGAAAGCCUACCGGGUUUUAGGUCAAACCCUCUAACAGGAUGUUCAAACAAACGAGAGGAGGACACAUCAAAAGUUGCAGCAGCUGACAUCUUGUCAAAACCUGGGGCAAAUGGUGACUUUGACAAAUCUAAAAUGGAAAACAAUAGCACUUUGAGUGGUUUAAACCUGUAUAAUCUACAGAAACCAAGAAAAUUGGAAGAGCAGCCUAAGGAGGUGGUUUCAAAAUCUUUAGAGGGGAAGGAAAGUGGGGAUGCAGCAGGGCUGAAUGUGUCCAGCGCCUCUCAAGCUAAGGCUAAGUCUUCAGCAAAGCUCUCCUCGUGCAUUGCUGCUAUUGCUGCUCUUAGUGCAAAGAAAGCCACAACAGACUCCACAGGCACUGAGCUCCACACAAUCCCCCAUGACUCCCCCAAGGAAGCUAAAGAAAAUCUCAGAGUAACAGAUAAGACCCCAGAGCCUGAGCCUGCCCUGGAGCUGGCCAAGAGGAUGUUCUCCAAGCAGCCUGAGAGCCCCUGCAGUGUCACCAGCGAGAGCAGCAGUAAGGGCUCGCCGUCUUCUCAGACAGGCUCCGUGCCGGUCAUCCCCAAAGUCCGGAUCAAGACCAUAAAGACAUCGUCGGGCCAGAUCAAACGAACUGUCACCAGGGUGCUGCCGGUGUUUGAUCCCGAAGACCUCAAAAAAGGGACUGACUCUACCUCUAUAGUUGUCUCUUCCCUCCUGUCCUCCCCGACAGCAACGUCUGUUUUCUCCUCUCCAUCCCGGACCACCCUGCCCACCACAGUGGUCACGACAUCUGCCAGUUCAGCAAUGGAGGUCACCAAGCAGAUGACUAUCAAGCCAGUCGCCACUGCCUUCCUGCCUGUCUCUGCGGUCAAGACAGCUGGCUCCCAGGUGAUCAACCUCAAAUUGGCCAACAACACCACAGUGAAAGCUACCGUCAUCCCCGCUGCCUCUGUGCAGAGUGCCAGCAGUGCCAUCCUGAAGGCUGCCAAUGCUAUCCAGCAGCAGACAGUCAUGGUGCCCGCCUCCAGCCUUGCCAAUGCCAAACUUGUGCCAAAGACUGUCCACCUCACCAACCUCAACCUCCUUCCUCAGACCUCUGCUUCCUCAGCGGAGCUUCACCAGGUACUUGCCAAGCCGCAGCAGCCCAUCAAGCAGGCUAUGAUCACCACCCAGGCCCCUAAGAAGGUGUCCCGUGUCCAAGUGCUUGCCAGUUCCCAAAGUUCAGUGGUCGAGGCCUUUAACAAGGUCCUGAGCAGCAUCAACCCUGUCCCUGUGUAUGUGCCCAACCUCAGCCCCCCAUCGGCAGCCUGCAUCUCCAUACCUUCCCGUGGAUACAAGUGUCUGGAGUGUGGAGAUUCCUUUGCCCUGGAGAAGAGCCUCACCCAGCACUAUGACCGCAGGAGCGUCCGCAUCGAGGUCACGUGCAACCACUGCGCCAAGAACCUGGUCUUCUACAACAAGUGCAGCCUUCUCUCCCAUGCCCGGGGCCAUAAGGACAAGGGGGUAGUCAUGCAGUGCUCCCAUCUAAUCCUGAAGCCCAUCCCUGCAGACCAGAUGAUCGCCGCUCCCUCGCCCACCUCCGUUGUGGCGACUGCCACCAUCCACAACUCGCUGGGGAAGGCAGUGCCUGGCAUCCUCAGCACAGUGAUCUCUGCCCCCUCCACUGCCCCGGUGGUGGCUGCUAUGCCCCUGGACGAGGACUCAUCCAAGCUCUGCAGGCACAGCCUCAAGUGCUUAGAGUGCAGUGAGAUGUUUCAGGACGAGGCCUCCCUAGCAAUGCACUACCAACAGGCAGUGGAGUCAAGUGGACAGAAAACCUGCAGCAUUUGCCUAAUGCUGCUCCCGAACCAGUGCAGCUUUGUGUCGCACCAGCGGAUCCACCAGCACAAGUCUCCAUACGUCUGCCCAGAGUGCGGAGCCAUCUGCCGGUCAGUUCACUUCCAGACCCACAUCACCAAGAACUGCCUGCACUACACCCGCAGGGUGGGCUACCGCUGCGUACACUGCAGCGUCAUCUACGCAGACGUGGCUGCACUCAAGUCCCACAUCCAGGGCACGCACUGUGAGAUCUUCUACAAAUGCCCCAUCUGCCCCAUGGCAUUUAAAUCUGCCCCAGGAACUCACUCCCAUGCCUACACGCAGCACCCAGGGGUUAAGAUCGGAGAGCCCAAAUUGAUAUACAAGUGCUCCAUGUGUGAUACAGUUUUUACCCAGCAGACUUUGCUCUACUCCCACUUUGACCAACACAUAGCCAAUCAGAAAGUGUCUGUCUUCAAAUGCCCCGACUGCUCCAUGCAUUAUGCUCAAAAACAGCUCAUGCUGGAUCACAUAAAGUCAAUGCACGGGACUCUGAAAACCAUUGAGGGCCCCCCAAAUUUGGGCAUAAACCUGCCGCUCACCUCCAAGCCCACGAACCCCAUGUCCCCCAGCCCCAAUAGCAAAGAGGCGGGCGCGGUCAACGGGCUGGAGAAGGGUGAGAAGAAGCCUCCCUCCCCUCUGAAGAGGGCCAACGCCGCGGCCCUGCCCAAAAAACCCGCCAAUCCAGGAUGGAUGUGCCGUGAGUGUGACCGGCUCUUCACCCAGAGAGAAGUCUACAUCUCCCACAUGAGGAGGGAGCACGGCAAGCAAAUGAAGAAACACCCAUGUCGACAGUGUGACAAGUCUUUUAGUUCCUCCCAUAGCCUCUGCAGGCACAACAGAAUCAAGCACAAGGGCCUACGGAAAGUCCACUCCUGUCCUAAACGGCUGGUGCUGGAGAAGCACAGCCAGCUCAUGCACGGCAUUAAAGACACGGAGGGGACAGCGGUGACCGACCCCACCAACAUGGAGGAUGAGAAGGACUUUUCCCAGGCCUCCAGCCCCAAGCGCAAGCCGGAGGAGCCCAGUGGGGCUUUCCGUUCGCGGGGGGCGGCAGCGCCGCAGCCCCUGAAGAAGCUCAAGAUCAACGUGUUCAAGGUGCACAAGUGCGCCGUGUGCAGCUUCACCACCGAGGACAUCGUGCAGUUCCACGAGCACAUCCCGCAGCACAAGUCCGACGGCUCCUCGCACCAGUGCCGCGAGUGCGGCCUGUGCUACACCUCCCACAACUCGCUGGCCCGCCACCUCUUCAUCGUGCACAAGCUGAAGGAGCCGCAGGCGCUGUCGCGGCACAACGGCGCCGCCGACGACGGGCAGCAGGAGAACCAGCCUGGCCCCGGCGACGGCGGCGAGACCAAGUGCAAAGUGUGCGCCAAGACCUUCGACACGGAGGCGGCCCUGAACACGCACAUGAGGACACACGGCAUGGCCUUCAUCAAGUCAAAGAGACUGAACGCGGCCGAGAAGUGAGAGGGGCGUCCCCGCGAGACUGUCCAAACACGACCGCAUCUGCGCCCGGCUUGUUUCAGUGUAUCCGUUUACAGCCCAGUGUUGUAAAUAGACAAGCGCGGUUAAGACCAAAAUGACACUACACGCUCUCUCUUAACCUCUCUCACUCUCUCUCUUUCUCUCUCUCUCUCUGUAUAUAUAUGUAUAUGUAUGUAUGUGUGUAGUAUAUGCACACAUACAUUCAUAUAUAUACAUGUCCCUUAAGUGUUUAAAAAUAUGUAAUAUAUUUAAAGUCAAUUUAUGUAUAUUUAAAAAAGAGAACACAUUUUGUAUACUUUAAAAUAGGUGUUUGUAUGGGUGUUGAAUAGAUCUUUUUUUAUAGGAAAUUUUAUUUUAAAAGUUUUCAUGGUCAAACUUGUUCAUUGGUGUUUCAUCCUCAAACGCUGGCAGUAUUGAAUUUUAUUACUGCUGCUAAGGUACAAAGUAUAUCCAAGGAAUCAUUCUUUAUUUUAGCAUUACACCAUCUUCUGUCAAAACAAAACAAACAGCCUAAAAGUGAUGAGAACUGUAUUACUGGGUUAACAGUUGUUAUUUGGAAGAUGUGGGUGUUAAACCGAGUUUCUUCCGUACCUUUCUUCCAGAACCUGCCAUUCUGAAUUCAUAAUUUAUUUUUUAAUUUAAAUAGAAUAUGAGAAGUUACUGAGAGAAUCUUUUUGGAACAAAGAGCUCCGUAUAGAAUUCUCCAUUCCAACCGCAAUAUGUGAGUUGCAGUAUUUUACUAUGCUUUGCUAAUACUGUAAGUCAGUUGAAAACCAGCUGUGCUUUGUUUAAGAGACAUUGACAUUGAAUCUGAAACAACUCUGGAUGUCUUUUGUGUCAUUAUUUUUCUUCUCAGGCAGCUCUUCAGUGUCAUAACUGAAGGAGAUAUUAUUGCAAUGUAUCUUUCUUUGCACAUCAUCUUUUGCUUUUAGUUGAAUCAAACGUUUUGGAAGCACUAAGGCAGUUUGGUAACCUGAAUUGAGCUUAAAAAGGCUGCUUAUGUCUGUCUUACACUGUAUGUAAGAGUACAAGUGUGAUUGAACCAUUCAUAACUGUUCAUAUAAGAGGUAUUGGUGCAGUAUUAUGUGUCAAGCCUGUCCCUCUCGGUGUAUAGCUAAUUUGCAUGGCCCAAAUUUGUGUGAGUUUAGUUGACUUCCGCUGCUCUUGAGAUGAACUAUGAACUGACAUACUUUGUAUCCACAUGCCAUAUUGUCUCUGCUCAUUGUGUAAUCUGCCAUGCCCCAAAACCCACACCUCUGGCAGUGCAGGCUAUAUGGACUAUGGAGAAGGAGGUGAUAUUGCAGUCUAAAUGGUACCAUAUUCUCUUGGUACCAUGGUAGAUAAUUAUACUGAAUACACACUCUGUUCCAGUUCAUCUUUAUGCUUGUCAGUGACUGCAGCUGAGAUGCUUAUUUUCUUCAGUUUCCUGGCUAUUUCUGUUAGUGUACUAGGCUCACACUGUUUGGCUCAGUCAGGCCAUGGUCUGUGCUGAUCGUGACGUGGUGGUCUCACCUCUUUCCCAGCACUCUUUAAAGCACUCCUCUCAAAUGGGUUCAGUCAAGACCAAAAUCGGACGAGCGGUCCAGGCUCUCCAGUGAAACUACUGUUCUUCUGUGUCUUACCAAUUAUCGGAGAAGUAUUGUCAGAAGAACUUCCAGAACUGUAGCAUUACUUUACUGUUAGUACAUUCUGUGAAUAGUGAACAGUGGCAAAGGCAAUGAGCAGGUGUUUAUUUUAUUUUUAAAAGGAAAACUUGCCUUCCGAAGUUAAGGAUGUUCAUGUAAAUGUGAAACUGGAUACGGUUGCCUGUUCUUAGUCGGCAAAUUAGCUGUAGCCACUCCUCAAUGUCUUUAAAUCUUGAACAGUGUUUUACAUUUUAAAAGAGAAACUGACAAAAUAUGACGAAAAAAAACGACUUUAUAAUUGUGCUUUUCUUCGCUCUGUUUUCAUUUUUACGUCAUAUAUUCCUUACAAGGACACAUCGUUUUUGAUUUUGUUUCAUGUCUUUUUUACUUUUUAAACUAAAUAUUUUUACGUAGAAUUAUAACUGCAUGAGAGAAGCCAUUAAUGGUUGUUAUCCGUUUCUUAGAAUGUGUCUUGCUGCUGUUAAGUAGAGAUGUCAAAUGUUCCUGUUUAAAUGGUUAUUGGUGUCAAUAAAUGAAUAAACCACCAA